AUGAAGGAUGGGACCUUCAUCCAAAUGUCCUCCCGUACCAUGGCCCUCAAGCCUAUUCUUUGGACACUCUCACUCACAUUGUCGGCCUCCCUUACUGCGGCGACGUCGUUCAACCUGUCGAGCGAAAUUACGAGAUUUGUACCGACGUGCGCCCGUGAAUGCUUCCGCUCCCAUCUGAGUGCCAACUACGACAUCAAUACCUGUGGCAGUGCUCCCUCUUUGCAAUGUCUUUGUGCCAAUGUUGGAUUCUCAGGCCUUACCAUAGGCGAAGGUGCUUUGCAGUGUAUUGUUGCCGAGAAGAGCAUUGGUUUCUGUCGCGACAGUGACGCGCCACAGACUGUAAUCGAAGCAGCAUACCUAAUGUGCUCGAACCAACCGGGAGCUAUACAGCCCACGCACACAGCCAUCAUUGCGACGUUGAUUCUUCCCACUUCUGGAGGCAUCAUUCUCGUGCCUCCAAGGACAACCACAACAAGCACCAUAUCAACGUCGACAAGUCAUCUAACGACUUCGAUCCCGACGACUCUCAUCUCGGCAACAGGCACACCGUCCAUCCCAAAUACGUUCACAACUUUGACUACCUCGACUACAUUCCAAGCUUCGAUCACGAGCAGCAAUAUCACACCGCCGCCUGUGCCGCCAUCAUCCACGGCAACCCCAUCCGCAUCUGUGACCGCAGUCCCAGGAGCUGAGGGUGCCAGCUCCGGUGCCUCCAAGAGCUUAGGCACCGCCCAAGUGGCAGGUCUCGCGGUCGGUAUCGCAGCCGCCGUUGGCAUUGCUAUUCUCGCAAUAUGUUUUGCCUGCCGCAGGCGCAGAAAGGACUAUCCGGAUGAAAAGACGGGCUUCUUCCCCGUGCGAGAGAAGGACUCCUGGGAGUUUCACCCGCAAGAUGGCCCGGCCAAUAUCUUCCACAUCUCCCCGCCUGUCCACCAUGCGCAAUCCCCUUCCCCACCGCCGCCGCGCCCGCCCCCGGCAGCACGCACUCGGACCAGUCGCCGCAUGAGCUGGUGGCCCGGCGCAAUUGGCCUUGCCGUAUCCCGACCAGAGAGCACAUUGGCUCUCCGUCCUUCACCUCAGCAGCAGAAUCGUCCAACGUCACGCCUCCUCCCAGCAAAACCAUCCCUUUUGUCGCCAAAACCGGUCCUCUCCCUCAAAAUUCCCGAAAUAGACCUAACCCCUUCGUCGCUCCCGAGGCCUCAGGGGCACAGUGCGUCUGCGCCGACAAACUCCCAGAUCUUCAAGACGGCCAAGCUCACAGCGCCUCCAAAGAGCCACUACAAUGCCCGCGAAAGCACAAUGACGGAAUUCGAAGAAGAUGACGCCAUCACCUCGGCCCGUUCGGCUCGCUCAAACAACAUCUGGAGACCGCCUUCGGCGACGGUGGGCAACAGUAACGUUCCAAAGUCCGCCACGUACUACGUCGCCGACAAGAACGGCAACUGGGUACUUGGGGAUCCCAAGAGCGCUACUCAUAUGGCACAGAUCGCCGAGCUCGAUGCCUCGGGUGCGAGCCAGGGAGGCGGUGCGAAAGCUAAGCCCUCAUAUGCCGAGUCCGCAAUGCUCGCGGCUACGGCUACGACAGCAGGCAUGGGUCACGGCGCCGGGAGCCCCGUCGCCCCCUCCGCUGCGCGGAUGAUGCCACCGCCCCCGGUUCUUCUCCCGCCGGCAGAGAUCGUUCAAACCGAUGCCCUUGCGGCCCCGCCCACGGCUCACCAAUCCCGACCCUCGAGCGUUUACUUUCCAGCCAACACGCGACCCAACACGGUCAUCCAGAACAGUGCUCCUCCCCCGUCUGCCAGAGCACCUCACCCGGUGCCAAGCAUGUCCUUCUCCCACCCGGAACCACCACGCCGCCGAAGCAAUUCUCUCGGCCGCCGUAGCUCCUCAAAGUCGAAGUCCGCAGGGUCAGGCACCGCUCCUCUUCCCGCUGCAUCGGUUUCCACGGGCGCGGGUAACGCACCACAGCGGUCCGACAGCCACGACUCCCAUGCAUCGGCCACGACGAUUGCCUCUUCCGUCGCGAGCGUCGAAGCCGAGCCCGUGAUCGAGCAAAGCAGUCUGUCGCCCGUCUUCGAGUCACCGACCUCAAAGGGAUCCCCAGGCGUCGGCCACUCACCCGUCUCCUACCCUGUCAUCCCCGGCCGCGUCAGCUCCAAGCCUCGCUACGAUAACCUCCGCCAUCUGGCUCCUCCGACCCGACCUUUUGCUGCGUUUCCCGCAGGACAACCCAGCCCCACGCUGGGGAUGAUGCAGCAGCAGCAGCAGCAGUUGCAGCAGUUGCAGUCGCAGCAGCCCAGAAACGGACCGGAUAUGGCCAGCUACGACGUCUCCCGCAAACCUGUCGGGACUCGCCCGCGCCCAACCGGUCCCGCCGCCGACCCGAGCAGGAUCGCCACCGGAUCACCCUCGCUCCGCCUAGUGACCCCUUCCCCUCCCCCGUCCUCCUCCGAGAAUAGAAACAAGGACCAAGGCCUCCAGCAAGAACCCCAUUGGAAGCCCGCGCAAACCCAGAGGCCGCCGCAGAUGAGACCGCUCUACCCGCCGCCUCUGAACCCCAAACGCCCCAAGCUCGAGCGCAACGAUGACGUCCACCCGCAACCGCAGGCGGCCACAGUUCAGCAGGCGCCGCUCACCCUGGAGCCUCAGUCGGCUACCGUCCACAAGGCGCUCUGGGGGAACCUCCCACCUCCCACCCAGCAGCAGCAACAACAACAGCCAGCUCUCUACUCAGGUCUCCCGUCACAGCAGCCUCAGCAGACUCAACGACAGCAGCAGAAGCAGCAGCAACAGCUGAACCAAUCAUCCUUCCAACAACGCCAACGCCGCCGCUCACAGCAAAACCGCCAAUCCAUUCAACAACCCCUUCCCCCCAAAUCCCCACCCCCGAAACAGCCCCUCCCCGAAAGACCGUCUUCCGCCUCCCCGUCACCGCACCACAUCGCAUCCCAAGCCAUACGACCAAUCUCGACAACAGCACCGGCGCCAGCACCACCGGCAUCGUCAACCAUACAACCAAUACCACCCGGCCCCCCGCGUCAUCCAUCCUCAACAGCCUCCCCGUCAAUAGCAACCCCCUCAACAGCAUCCUCCCUCCUCUCCAAACGCCUCGGCUCCGAACGCGCCGCCGCCCUCGUCCUUCCCAACGCCGGCCUCCGCCACAGCCCCAACUGGAGGCCCUACCGGCCUGGAGGAGCCGGGGACGGAACAGACUUGUUGCUGUCGCCAGACGCCGCCCUCUUCCCCACACCCCCAGGCCUCUCAUCCCGGAAUGGUGGCGUCGGACGCGGAGGGCAUCUGCCCGCUACGCCGACCUGGCAUCCUAGACUGACGCCUACCCGACGGGGCGAUGACUUAUUUUUGAACGUGCAGUGA